AUGGCGUUCGGAAGUCGCGUCGUCAGCAAGGCCAGGACGACCACGCGGACGGGCGCGGCCAGCUCAAAUAGGGCCAGCACAUCCUCUCGAUCCACCCCACGCUCGUCGCCCAGCCCGCCGCGCAGGAGGAAGAAGCGUUCGCCGCCUUCAUCAGAGUCGGAGGCAGGAGGCGGUGUGGGGAGGCGUUUGCGGGCCGGCGGGAGCGCUGGGACAAGCUCGUCGGCUGAAUCAGAUUUCGAGAAGGAGGCGAGGAGCGAGGCUAAGGCUGAAGCGGCGGCGAUCCAGCUGAAGGAGGAGAAGGCGAGGAGGAGGGAACUUAAGAAGGACUACAGGAAGCGCGGCGAAGAGCUUCCAGACGCGCUGAAGAAGCCUAUCAAGGGCGAGGAGAAGGCGAAGGGCGCUCCUAAACUGAAGCCGGACGCGGCUGCCGUCUACCAGCUCGCCAAGUCCAAGGCGGCUCUCGCCUCGAAGGGCAAAGGUCGGGCUGUUGUGCAGAGCAGCGACAGCGACGACGAAGGAUCGAAGAUGACGAAGCCGACGCUCAGGAAGGGUGCCAAGAUGAAGGAGAUCACAGCCAACAUCGGCAUCAAAGUCUCGGAGACAGGCAGCGACAGCGAAGGCGCGAACGAUGUCAUGAGUAUGAUGCGCGAGACGGGCGACCUUGCCGACGACGAGGACGAGGUUCGACGGCAUCUCGCGCGCCGCUGGGUCGACACGAAGCACCCGCACCGCAUGUCCGCCCGCCGCAAGCGACUCGAGAUGAAGUACAAUCCGCUCAUUCGUCUUCUCGACAUCAAGAUCACGGUCGUCGAGAGUGGCAAGCAUUCCGACUCGAACGACGAGCGACGGCAGAACAAGUUCGGCGCUGCGCUCAAUGCGACCGAUUCGGACGAGCCGAGCGACGCCAGCAUCGACACGGACUGGAACUCGAGCGGGAUGGGCGAGUUCAACGGCAGGAUUGCGCCAGCUCGCCCGUUGACCGUCAAAGCAGAACCACCCUCUUCUUCGCCGCCCCCGUACCUCAAGGUUGCGCACAGCGACGAAGAUGUCAAGCCUGUCAUCCCGCGACAGCAGGCCGUCCGAGGCGCGAUUGAGGACAAGAAGCCCGUCAUCGAGCUAAGCGACGACGAGGAGCCGUCCACGCAGGAGGAGGACGCCGACGCCGACAUGGGCGAGGCUAAGCCGGUCAUUCGCGCUCCUCUGUCCGUCCCGUCCGCGUACAACAAGUCGCUGUCUGCGCCUCGACCCAAGAUUGAGGAGAUAGUCGUCGACGAGGAUUUCGACAGCGGUGCUGAACCCGACACGGAGGGAUCCGACGUCGAGUUUGUCGCGCCGAAGGCUUCGCUCGCGCCUCACUUUCCGGCACACGUCCAUCCAGGAUCGCAGUCGUCCGGUCCUUCGCCACUGUUGACGUCUGUCAAGGCCGAGUCGCAGGAUCGCCGACAGUCCUUCGGCUCCUCGCAGUCGCAAGGUGCUGCUGCUCGCAGCGUGAACGUCAAGACGGAGGCCAAGGUCGAAGAAGCGGACGAGACGGACGAGGAUGUCGACAACUUUACUCGUGGCUUGCUGGCUGCCCAGGCGAAGCGUCGUGAGGAGGAGGACCUGAAGCGCAAGGAGGAGAGGCGCAGGGAGACGCAGGCGAAGAUUGCGGAUGAGCGGAAGAAGAAGAUGGCGAGGGAGCUCGAGGCGCAGAAUUUGUGGCGCGAGGAGGAGGUCGAUGACGAGGAAGAGGAUGUCGAGGAGGACGAGCUGCCGAUUUGGGAGAAGAGCGCUCGAGAGAAGGAGCAGUCUUGCAUGGCGUGGCCGCAACCGGUCCGCAAGGGUCGCCCGAAGUUCCUUCUCACAAGCGCCGCCCAAGCCAACACGGGUCCACACAAGCUGUCCAACGUUCCGGGCGACACCGCUCAGGUCCCGGCCCCAAUCAACAAGUUCCUUCGUCCGUAUCAGCGCGAAGGCGCCGAAUUCCUGUACGGGCAGUUCAAGAAGGGCAUUGGUGGCAUCCUCGGCGACGACAUGGGCCUCGGCAAGACGAUCCAGGUUAUUGCCUUCCUCUCCGCCAUCAUGAACAAGACCGGCUUCAAGAAGGCCGACGCAGGAAAGCGCAAGGACGCGAUCAACGACCUCGCCGCUGACGAGCCGUUCAAGCCUACCGACCUCGGCCUGACUUGCCUCAUCGCCUGUCCCGCUUCGGUCGUCGGCAACUGGCAGCGCGAGUUCCGCACGUGGGGCUAUUUCGACGUCGGGAUCUACGGAGGGACCGCCAGCGACAAGAAGGCCGUCCUCAACAGGUUCGACCGCGGCUAUCUCGAUGUCGUCAUCGCCAGCAUCGAGGGCGUCAGGAACAACAUCGACGACUUUGCCGCACGAGACUUCUCCAUCGUCAUCGUCGACGAAGCUCAUCGCGUGAAGAACCCCAAGUCCAACACGACGAUCGCGUUGCACCGCUUUCCGACGCCUUUCCGCUACGGCCUUACCGGCACGGCCAUUCAGAACAGGCUUGACGAGUUCUGGUGCAUCUUGAACUGGGCGGUCCCAGGACGAGUUGGCACUCACUCGCAGUGGAACCAGCUCGUCUCGCGUCCGAUCAAGUAUGCCCAGCAGGCUACCGCAACGGACGACGAGAUCGCUGUCGGCCGCUCGCGUGCAGUCGCUCUCGCUGGCAGGCUUUUGCCGCACUUUUGGCUGCGCAGGACGAAGGAAAGCGUCAAGAUCCAGCUUCCGAAGAAGACCGACAACAUUGUCUUGUGCCCGCUCACGGCGCUCCAGAAGGACGUCUACAAGAACCUCCUCAGGCUUGAGCAGGUCAAGAUUAUCCUGACGGCCGACGAGCCCUGCCCGUGCGGAAGCCGUGACGAGAAGAACGAGCCGUACAAGCGCGGGUCCUGCUGCGACCAAAAGUGGACGAAGCUCAUCUUCAAGUACAUCACGCUCUUCGCCAAGGUCAGCAACCAUCUCGGACUGAUCUACCCAGACAAGGAGGAUAAGACGACGAACCCGACGAAAUACGAGCAGGAUCUCGAGUGGGCUCGCGCCGCCUUCCCCGACGACUUCGAGAAGCGUACGCCCGGCCCGAUGGCCUUCCUCGACCCGAACCUGUGCGGCAAGUGGACGAUCCUUUGCCAGCUGCUCGAGAUCUGGCACAGCCAAGGCGACAAGGUCCUCAUCUUCACGAUGUCGCUCAAGAUCAUCGACUUGCUCGAGAAUCUGAUGCAGCACACGCGCUACGAGUACAUCGUUCUCGACGGGAGCACGCCGCAAGAAGACCGCAUGCCGCUCGUCGACGAGUUCAACGACCCUCAUUCCGAGAAGUUCUGCUUCCUGAUUUCGACGCGUGCCGGCGGCGUCGGGCUAAACUUGACGGCGGCGAAUCGCGUCGUCAUCUUCGACCCGAACUGGAACCCUGCGCACGACCUGCAGGCCAUGGAUCGAGCGUACCGGUUCGGCCAGACGCGCGAGGUCAACGUCUACCGCCUUAUCGGCGCGGGCACCCUUGAGGAGCUCAUCUACAACCGCCAGCAGUACAAGCGCAGCAUCGCAAACACGAGUUACGAUGCAAGCGCCGAGCGUCGUCUCUUCACCGGCGUCGAAGGCGAGGGCAAGAAGCAAGCCGGCGAGCUGUGGGGCGUCAAGAACAUCUUCAAGUUCAACGAGAACAUGUCGCUCACCGAGAUGUCGAUCCGACGCGCCGACCUCACCGAGCUCGAGUACGCCCUCCGCAACACGAACCUGUUCGACGCCGACGACGCCAAAGCUGCCAAAGUCGAAGAGCCGGAUCCGGACGAGGUUGUCGCCGAGAUUACGGGCUACAGCGCGAAGGCUGAGCCGACGAACACGAUGACACCGGAAGAAGCCGCUCGUCACAAGCUGCUCCUCGAGGAGCAGGCCAAGAUCGCCAACAUCCUCGGCGGCGCUUUCAAGGUUCAGAGCGACGCGACGCUUGGCGGUUCCGCCAUCGAGACGCUGCGCGGCCGACACGUUCUCCAAACGCAAGGUCAGGCGAAGGCAGCCGCCUCGCAGCCAGCCAGUCGCGCUUCCUCCGCUGCGCCCGCAGCAUCCGCCAAGAUGCAGACGAAGGGGAAGAAGCGGCCUUCGUCCGCCAUUGUGGACGACGACGACGACUCGGGAUGGGACCCGCUCGCUCGCGGUAGGAAGAAGGCUGCGCCGGGACCAUCGCCGUCCAAGAAGGUCAAGAAGGAAGCGGCGAGCCUCUUCAGCGACUUUGACCUGCCGCCGGACGUCGGAAUCGGCGAAGUGCUCGAGGCUGGUGGGUACAGAGGGUCGGCCGGUGCGCAGAAGCUCAUGAGCGAGCUGAACGCGAUGAGCGGCAUUGCGAAGAGGGCGAAGUUGGAGAGUGUGGUGCGCGCUUGGAGGGUGAAGAAGGAGAAGUGA